UGCCAGGGCACAGCUGUGCAGCUGCUUCUGGGAUUGCGUCCCCUGAGGAUCUGCCCACCUCACGAGGGACCAUGGAGCUGGUGUAGCCUUUGGCCUGAGCCCCCGUUACUGAGAGGAGAAGGAGGGCUGUUGCCAAGGACUCCAGGGGAGUGGAUUCUACUCUGGUCCAAACCCAAGGCACCCAGCCCUCCUGGAGACAUUGUGUGAGCAGGGCUGGGCCUCCAGACACAGCCCCUGCCGCCCCACCCCAGCCAGGGUGGUGCUUGUGUGGGAAGGACUUUAAGUCCAGCCGCCAGACCCCUGAUCGGGAGGGGAGAGGCAGAGAGGGCUGGCCACCAUGCACGGCUCCUGCAGCCCGUGGGUGAUGCUGCUGCCGCUGCCGCUGCUGCUGCUCCUGCUGCUGCUGCUGACUGCCACGGGCCCCACCACAGCCCUCACAGAGGAUGAGAAGCAAACCAUGGUGGAGCUUCACAACUUCUACCGUGCCCAGGUGUCCCCGCCAGCCUCAGAUAUGCUGCAGAUGAGGUGGGACGACACGCUGGCCGCCUUCGCCAAGGCCUACGCUCAGAAGUGCGUGUGGGGCCACAACAAAGAGCGCGGGCGGCGCGGAGAGAACCUGUUUGCCAUCACGGACGAGGGCAUGGACGUGCCGCUGGCCGUGGGGAACUGGCACGAGGAGCACGAGUAUUACAAUGUUAGCACGGCCACCUGCGAUCCGGGCCAGAUGUGCGGCCACUACACUCAGGUUGUGUGGAGCAAGACUGAGAGAAUUGGCUGUGGUUCCCACUUCUGCGAGACGCUCCACGGAGUAGAGGAAGCCAACAUCCACUUACUGGUGUGCAACUAUGAGCCCCCGGGGAACGUGAAGGGCCGUAAGCCCUACCAGGAGGGGACUCCCUGCUCCCAGUGCCCUCUUGGCUACAUCUGCGAGAACUCUCUCUGUGAGCCCACGAGAAACCCGGACAAGGCGCAGGAUUCGCCUCCAGGGCUGACCGAGGUCCCUCCCACCCGCGCCACUGAAGCCCCAAGCUCCAGGGAAACCGGUACUCCAUCCCUAGCAACCUCUGAGACUCUGCCUUUCUCCUCGGUCACGAAGGUCUCGUACUCCCUGGCAACCGAUUCCUCACCUGCGCUAGAAACAAAGGCCCCGUCUUCCUUAGCAACCGAAGGCCCCUCCUCCAUGGCAACGGAGGCCGGGGCUUUUCUAACCGAGGUCCCCUCGGUUUCUGCGACGACGCACAUGCAGCCCUCACUGGAUGAAGGGCCACUUAACUUCCUCACGUCAACACAUAUCCCUGUCCCCAAAACUACGGACGAAGCAGCCGGCAAGUCGGGCACAACCUCCGUGAGCCCAGAGAAAUCUCUGCACGCCAAGAUGUCCCUGACAGAGUCAGGAGAGACCCUACCCCAAAUCCAGGAGGAGGCUGAGUCCAAGGCCGAGCUGCCCAAGGCGGAGGCCGAGCUGCCUAAGGCGGAGGCCGAGCUGCCCAGGGCAGAGGCUGAGCUGCCCAAGGCGGAGGCUGAGCUGCCCAAGGCAGAGGCUGAGCUGCCUGGUUCCAGUGAGGCUUUGAUCCCAGUUCUUCCAGCCCAGGAACGCGAUGGGCAGAAGGCCUCACUGGAACACUCUGGCCAACCUGCCUCCACAUCCCCGCCCAACUUCCCUAGUGCCUUGGGUAAUGCCACAGGCGGGCGCACCCUGGCCCUACAGUCAUCCUGGACAGGUGCAGAGGAGCCUGAAAGGGCCGGCUGGGAUCUGAAGAAUUCUGCUCACGUGUGGGGCCCUUUCCUGGGACCGCUGCUGCCUCCCAUGCUGCUGUUGGCUGGCAGUUUCUGAGGGGGACCCCCCGAGGGCCUGGAAGAAGAGGUCAGCUGCUCAACUGCGGUGUCCUCCUGUCCUGUCCCUCAAACAAGAUGCGGCCUGGCUGAAACCCCUCUGGAAGGGAAAGGCUGUGGCGUCCGGCUCAUCAGUACCUGCACACCGGGGCCCUUCCUGCCCUUCCUGCCCUUCCAGUAGACUUCCACAGAGGCCACGAUUCAGGGGGACACUUGUCUGCUCCACAGGGGGGCACCGGGGUGCUGUCUGCCUGCAGGCUCUAACCCCUCCCCCCAAUCUCUGAAUAUCCAUGUGGCUUGGACAGCAGACCCUGAGGGGCAGGUAAAGAACAAGCCCCAGCCAAGUGGGGUUCUGUGGGUGGGGAGACAGGGAGACAGGGAGCUGAGGCAGCCUUGACUCCUCAAUAAAGCCUGUCUGAGAGCCA